AGUCGUAGAGGCGCGAGGCGUAUGAUGCGCGCCGUGCUCGUCGGGACGAUGCUCGCCUGGAGAGCGGGUGGCUUGCAGCGCUCUCAUGGAUGCUGGAGCGCGGGCGGCUUGCAGCAGCGCGCCGCGCGCUCCAGCGUCGCGGCCGCGCCGCCCAAAAGCUUCGAGGCCGCGCCGCCCCAAAACAUCGCGGCCGCGCCGCCCCAACCCAUCGCGGACGCCAGCGAGCCCGCGUUCCGCGCCUGGCUCGACGAGUCCUUGAGAGACGCCCCUCGCCGCGACGUCUACGGCGGCAUCUACGACGAGUGCGCCGCCGCGGUCGUGCGCUGGCGCCGGCGCUACCACGGGAACCCGCAGUUGUGGAAGCGGCUCAUGAAGGAGCGGCUCGUGAAGGAAUUGGUCGAGUGCGCGCCCGUCAUCGCGGCGACGCGCGACUUCGUCGCGGAGCAGCACGAGCGGGUGACGAUCGUCGACCUCUGCAGCGGCAAGGGCUACCUGAGCAUGUUCCUCAGCGAACUGCUGCCGCCGGACCGCGUCGAGCGCUGCGUGCUCGUCGACAAGGCCUGGCCCCACUGCCACGCGGUUCCGAAGCCGUCGCACAUCAACUGGGACCACGUCUACGGGUCGCACGACGCGCCCGACGGGACGACGACGAGCUACUUCGACGCGUGGCCCAUUCGGCUGACGACGUCGAAGCAGAACCUCAAGUGCCCGUCGACGACGCGCGGCAUGGUCCGGGCCAUCUUCGACCGCGCGCCGGGCCCCGUCGCCGUGCUCGCCGUGCACCUCUGCGGCACGCUGUCGCUCCGCGCGCUCGACCUCUUCAACUCGCAGCCGGCGACGCAGUUCCUCGUCUUGAAGCCGUGCUGCCUGCCGCCCAUGCUCCACGCGGUGCGCAACGAGACCUUCGUGGUCGGCGGGCACGCCUUCGACGCGGCGGACGUCGCGUCCCACGGCAAGUUCCGCGGCGGCGACUGGAUCGGCCCGCCGCGCCGCGCGAUCCAGCCCAAGUUCGAGCGAUGGGCGGCGCACCUCGAGGCGGGCGCGCUCGUGCGGGCCGGCGGCCGCAAGAGCCUCGAGCGGAGCGAGGUCGCGGGCCUCCUCGCCCUGCUGGAGCGGCGCUACGGCACGGUGCGCGGCGCCGCGCGCGCCCAGCUCCUCGCGACGGCGCGGGGCGCCGUCGCGCGGGAGAUCGCGCUCUGGUCCGCGCCGCGGCUCGACGCCGUCGACGGGUUGCUGCCGGUCGGCUGGGCGCCGCGCAAGGGCCUCGACCCGCCGGACGCCUGGCGCCGGGCCUGCGCCGCCUGCCACGUCUGCGCCCACGCCGCGGCGAGCUGCGAGGCCGUCGUAGCCGUCGACGUGGGCGGCCGGCCGCCGCCGUCGCUCCUCGCGGCCGUCGGAGGCGGCGACGGCGGGCCGUCGCUCAUCGGCGGCGGCGCGGUGCUCAAGGCCGGCCUGGGCCUCGUGAAGCGCCUCCGCCGCAAGAACGGCGGACACGAGGCGGCGGCGCACGCGGCCGCGGGCCUCGACGACCUCGCGGCGCUGGGGGCGGACGCGCGGUCCGCGCUCGACGGCCUCGCGGACGCGUUCCUGCGGCGCGUCGCGCGCCUCGCCCACGAGUCGCGGCGCAAGGUCGUUGUGGACGACCGGGGCCGCGACCGCCUCGGCGACGCCUGGCUCCGCGGGUUCCUGGAGCAGUGCGCGCGGUCGCUGCCGCCGCCGCACCUACGGGCGCUCCGCGCGGGUCUGGCGACGCUCGAGGUCGACGCGCUCCUCGGCGCCAAGCACCGGCGGGCGGCGCUCGGCGGUCGCAUCGCCGCGCUCCGCGACAUCUUCGGCGACGCCGACGACGCCGCGGCGGCGCUCGCGCGGAGCCUCGGCGCGCUCCACGACCUCAACGGCCAGCGGCGCCGCGCGCUCCUCGACGCGUUCGCGGGCCUCGCGCCGCCGGACGACGCCAACCCGCGCCUCGAGGACAGCGUCGCCGUCGCCGACGACGCCGUCCAGGCCCAGCUCGCGGCCAUGCUCGAGGCCAACGGCGUCGACGACCUCGACCCGCGCGCGGCCGCGCGGCUCCUCGCGGUGGCCGACUAA